AUGCGGUUGUCUUCCCUGCUCACCCUGGCAUGUGCCAUCGCAGCUUUCGUUCUUUCGAUCCUAUGUCUACUUGCCGGCGACAAAAGGACAUUUUUGCAAGAUACUGAGAUAUUGACACUCAACAUCUCCCGGCUUGGUCAUGGCAGUCUGUUUGACACCUCCAGUGGCGACAGCGGGCUGCUCUCUGGCCUGAGCAGCACCAUUCAGGAGGGCAUUAACGACAUCAUCGGCGAUGCAGCCACUGACAUUGCUUCACUCCUUGGUCUCCCAGACUUCUUCAAUGUCCAUGUCACCGAUUACUGUCAAGGCGUCUAUUCGCCCAAUUCCACUGCGCCCAACCCAAGACAAAAUGUGACUGAAUGCUCAAAGUCGACCUUGGGCUUUCACUUUGAGCCUACCAAGAUUGUCCAGGACCAUUUGCCGGCUGGAAUCACCUUGGAUGAUAUCCACUGGCCAAGUGACAUAACAGAUGCUGAGAACACUAUCAAGAUUGUCAGCCGGGUCAUGGUGAUCUUCUACAUCAUCGGGAUUGUCUUGUCAGGCAUUGCAAUGUUCACUGCCGCCGCUGGCAUAUUUACCAAUGGCCGACUGUCAGCCUUCUUCAACUGGUUGGUGGACGUGGUUGCCUUUAUCACCCUUGGGGUUGCCUCCGCUGUAGCAACGGCUGUGAUGGUCAUUGCAACCAACCGAAUCAACAAAUACACAGAUGAGAUCGGCAUUGCUUCAUCCAAAGGCGGGAAAUUCCUUGGAAUGACAUGGGCGGCCACGGCAGUCAUGCUGCUGGCAUCAUUUGUGUCUAUUGUGCAAUGUUGUGUGGGACGACGAAACACCAGGCGAUACGGCGAGAAAGGCGGAUAUUGA